UGAAUGCGAAUUGAAGUUUUUGUGUUACUGAACCAACAAAGAUCAGUAACAUGAAGCUACUGUUGCUGUUUAACAACAAAAAAUGAUGAUCCAAUAUUUGUUUUGAUUCUGUAUUUUUGUGUGAUAACAUGGCGGCGGCCAGACCCCCUGGUAUCGAGUUUGACCAUCUGUGGACAGAAGGUGCUGAGUGCCUGACAUUGGAUUUUGGUCCUUUCGAGACGGUCCAUAGAUGGAGACGGAUGCCAGAGUGUGAUGAGUUUGUAGGGGCCAGGCGAAGCAAACACACUGUUGUUGCUUAUAAAGAAGCUAUCUAUGUGUUUGGAGGUGAUAAUGGGAAGAAUAUGCUGAAUGAUCUGCUAAGGUUUGAUGUCAAAGACAAGUCCUGGGGAAGGGCCUUCACCACUGGCUAUCCCCCAGCCCCUCGUUAUCACCACUCAGCUGUUGUCCAUGAGGGAAGCAUGUUCGUUUUUGGUGGUUACACGGGGGACAUCCAUUCCAACUUAAACCUCACCAAUAAGAACGACCUAUUUGAAUAUCGUUUUGCGACUGGACAGUGGGUGGAGUGGAAAUUUGAGGGUCGAUGCCCAGUCGCUCGUGCUGCCCAUGGUGCUGCUAUCUAUGAUUGGAAACUGUGGAUAUUUGCGGGAUAUGACGGGAAUGCAAGACUUAAUGAUAUGUGGACAAUUCCAUUGACAGAAAGUGCCAAAAAUUGGGAAGAGGUAAAUCAGACAGGUAACAUACCCCCUACCUGCUGUAACUUUGCCCUUGCUGUAGCUCGGGAUUCCAUGUACGUGUUCUCGGGACAAAGCGGUGCUAAGAUCACCAAUAAUCUCUUCCAGUUCAAAUUUGAUGCUCAAGAGUGGACUAGAAUCUCGACUGACCACAUCUUGCGUGGAGCUCCACCCCCACCAGAGAAGCGGUAUGGUCAUACGAUGGUAGCGUUUGAUCGCCACCUGUAUGUGUUUGGAGGAGCUACGGGACAAACCCUGCCUAAUGAGUUACACUGCUUUGAUUUGGACUCCCAGACUUGGUCAGUGGUGGAUCCCUCCAAUGACAGUCAGGUUCCUGCGGGUCGGCUGUUUCAUGCUGCGUCUGUGGUGUCAGACUCUAUGUAUGUGUUUGGAGGGACCGUCGAUAACAAUGUUAGAAGUGGGGAGAUGUACAGAUUCCAGUUUUCUAGUUAUCCAAAAUGUACACUGCAUGAUGACUAUGGACGACUCCUGGAAAGUCGACAGUUUACAGAUAUUGAUUUCAUCGUAGGAAAGGAGGAGGAAAUCAUUCCAGCUCACAUCACACUGGUGGCUGCUCGGUCACUAUGGUUACAAGGCAAAAUUCGAGUUGCCAGGCAACAGAAUUUAUUAGAAGAUGAACCAACAGAGAAGCAGGCCUCUAUACAGGUGAAGCUGCUUGAUGCUGAUCCUACAGCCUUCGCCAUGGUGUUGUCCUAUAUCUAUACAGACAAGAUCAUGCCUACAGGAGACAGACAGGAACACAGCAGUAACGAGGUGAUACUCCUGAUGAUGGACGUGUAUAGACUCUCUCUACAGUUCAAGAUGAGGCGUUUAGAGGAGCUAUGUGUUCAGUACUUAGAGGCCAGUAUCGGACACAAGAAUGUGCUUGUAGCACUACAGAAUGCUGCCAAGCUGAGUUUGGAUUUUCUCAAGGAAUACUGCCUGAGAUUUAUUGUAAAGGAGAGUAACUGUAACCUUAUUGUGAUGAGUAAGGAGUUUGAGGACAUCGACAAACCCCUAAUGGUGGAGAUCAUCCGACGAAAACUCUCCCAGCCAACCUAUGUCCGCAUGAUGCCCGACUCCCAACCAGAGCAUGUGUAUGAUCAGUCCCUAGAGAAGGACUUGGAGAUGUUUCUGAAGGGGAGCGGGGAGGAAUUCUGUGACAUCACCCUUCAGCUGGACGGUACACCCAUCAGAGCUCACAGAGCCAUCCUGGCGGCGAGGUGUAGCUAUUUUGAGUCUCUGUUUAGGUGGAAGCCUAAUGAUGAUACCAUCACAAUUGCGAUUGGGGAGAUGGUACCAUCCCGACAAGCUUUCAACAGCUUACUGAGGUAUAUUUAUUACGGGGAUGUGAUCAUGCCUCCAGAAGAUUCCCUCUACCUGUUCCCGGCUCCCUACUUUUAUGGCUUCUCAAAUAAUCGUCUACAGGCUUUCUGCAAACAUAAUCUGGAGAAAAAUGUGACAGUUCAAAAUGUGGUACAGAUUCUUGAGGCUGCUGACAAGAUACAGGCACUAGAUAUGAAGAAGCAUGCCUUGAAUCUGAUAGUACAUCACUUCACCAAGGUGGCUCGUCUACCUGAGAUCCGCAGACUCAGUAAAGACUUGUUACUGGACGUUAUAAAGGCACUGGCUGAUGAGAAAGGUGACCUAUUACUAUGUCAAGAUGUCUCCAUAGGCAGUCUCACAGAGCUCUGAUGUACAUCAUAACGCCCUGGCUGAUGAGAAGGGUGACCUAUUACUGUGUCAAGAUGUCUCCAUAGGCAGUCUCACAUAGCUCUGAUGUGUAGUAUAAGAUGUUAUAAAUAGGCUGUGAUUGUUUUUUUUUUUUUUGUUAAUUACUGGGAGUCAGAAGGUUUCAUAGCACUCUUUUGUAAAUUGCUAAUACUCUUAAUGUAGUAUACCAAUUUAUACGACCAGUCUAGGUGUAUUCAGAUUAAUACAUAUACAAAUUAGGAAAAAUAAACUUCAUUUAAUAAUUUUACAAAAUCCUCUUUAAAAUAAAUGUACCUGGUUCAAAUUAAUAUUUUUCUAUCAAUUUUUCAGCUAAUGAUACUUAAGCAUCACAAUAUAGUGUUAAAGACACCGUAACCUUGUAAUACUUUAAUUGAAUCUUGCAACAGCCUUUGCUUAAAGCUGUUACAAAGAUCCUGUCAUGUUACAGUACAAUGAAAUCACUGUAUGUCAUUAACCUGCAUUGCCAAGUACAUAGUUUGUCCUGCCAAAAUUUCAGUUUAAGUCUAUGUAGUGUUUAUAUUUUUGCUGGCUACAUGUAUGAAAUUUGGUGCUUAUGGAUCAUGAUUAUAAGGCCUAGAUAAGGUAAGGCCUUCCUAAGACCUUCCUAAGGUCUUCUUAGAUAAGGAAAGGCCUUCAUCAAUAAGGUAAAGCCUUAGAUAAAGUAAGGCCUAGAUAAGGGUAAGGCCAAGAUAUGACAUAAAGUAGAAAUAAUCUUAUUUUGUAAUAUGUUAAUAUGUUUACUUUUAUAUCAUAUCAAAAGAGAUAUUUGGUAUAACUUGGUAUAAAGAUUCACUUUUUUUGGUUGAACAAAAAAUUAAUAAAAAUAUUUCUUUUAACCAGAAGCUUUGUUUUUGCAAAUAUUGUUUUUAGUUUUUAAUUUCAAAACUAUCACUAAUUCAAUGCUGUUCGCUAUCUUUUUUAUUAUUUUUUUUUGUAAUGUUAUUGGAUCAAAUCAUCAAACUCAAUAGAACCACAUAAGUGAGACUGAUACUGUGGUUUCAAAAGCCAAAAUGAACAUUUUGAAGAUGUGACUGUAUGAUGUUACAAAUCAACAGACAAUGCAUCUUAGCUGCAUUAAUAUUAACUUACCUUAUGUAUUCUGGUUCAGUUUUGAAAACUGUUAGUAAUUGUACAUAUGUGUAUUAUAAAUGUACAUUGCACGGAGAGAGUUUCUUAUGUCAGAGACUGUUACAAUGGUAAAUGAUUAUAUAUUCCCUUCUUUAGUAUGUGACAUGAAAAAGUGCUAAAAAUAACUGUGAUAGAUAAUGUAUAAAAUAGCAAUCAUGUAUAAAUGUCAUCGCAUUCAUGUAUAAAUGUCAUCGCAUUCAUGUAUAAAUGUCAUCGCAUUCAUGUAUAAAUGUCAUCGCAUUCAUGUAUAUAUAUCAUUGUCAAAUCCCCAAAUAAAUUGUCAUAUGAAUCAG